GCGCUGUAGAGUUUGGACUGCCCAACCCUCCCAUUUUGCUGAUCACAUUAGAAACCAUGCCAGAGAUUACUAUAAAAAUCAAACAAGCCAACGAAUCUGCCUUCUCCAUUACGAUUGACGCAGAAUCCACUGUUCUCGCCCUCAAGGAAAAGAUUCAGGCUGAUGGACCGGGCAACGUUCCAGUCUCGCAGCAGAGACUCAUCUUUGCAGGAAAGGUCUUGAAGGAUGAAGAUCUCUUGACUACUUACAAGAUGGCUGAAGGAAAUACGGUUCAUAUGGUGCGCGGAUCAACAAAGACGGCAGCACCUUCUGGAACGUCAACUGCCGCCUCCGGAACAACACCUGCUGCAUCGGGCACAACCGAGCCACCCCGCUCUGCCCCAGCGGGAGUCCCUCCCUUCAACCCGCUCGCCGCAAUGUUUGGGGCCGGAGCAGCUGGUGGAGAUGCACCCGAAGCGAACCCAUUUGCGGCAUUUGGUGGCGGGCAGGGCGCAGGCGCUGGUUUAGAUCCAUCCAUGUUGAGUGCCCUCUUUUCCAACCCAGCAGUCAGCCAAUCCAUUUCCCAACUCAUGUCCAACCCGCAAAUCCUCGAAUCUCUCACGGCGGCCAACCCUGCCCUCUCAUCCAUGAUGACGCCUCAAGUCCGCGAGAUGAUGAACAGCCAAGAGUUUAGGCAAAUGAUGAGUGAUCCAAACAUGAUGCGCACCAUGAUGCAAAUGGGGCCCAUGAUGGCGGCCAUGGGCGGUAUGGGCGGUAUGGGCGGAAUGGGCCAGCAGCAAGGUGCCAGUCCCUUUAACAUGUUUGCUCCCCAACCUACCGCCGGUACACCCACCGGUACUCCUACCAGCACCGCUGGUACCCCCACUACGGCUCCCCUCUUUAACCCCGCUCUCCUCCAAAUGCUCAUGGGCGGUAACCCCAAUGCUGCCGGACUCGCACCACAAGAUUCGCGUCCCCCCGAAGAACGAUUUGCGACCCAACUCCGUCAACUUCAAGAAAUGGGCUUUUUCGAUGCAACCGAAAACGUCCGUGCUCUCACACUGACAAAUGGAAAUGUUGAAGCAGCUGUAGAGUGGCUGUUUUCGCAUCCUCCUGGGGGAAUGAGAUAGAUGUUAUUUAGUCGCUUUUAUUGGGUGUCGUGAAUGUUGUAGUGAAAUUGCAAGUUAUUGAAUUAGAUUUGGGGAUGAAAAUCAAGCGAAAAAUAAUGGCAGUCUCCGUGCACUUUCGACACAAACUAACGAAUUACAAUAUACUGAUAAUGUUUGCUUGCACUGUCUUACGGACA